AUGUCCACAAAUUCACAGCCACAAGCUGUUUCGCAGUUGGCAAACCAAGAAGCUGCUGCCCUAAGUGUCACACAACAAUUACACUCUUCUCUGCUGCAAGCGCCUUCACAGUUUUCUCAGGUGGCAUUGCAACAGGUACACCCUCCGCAGCAAAGUUCUCAGUCAUCUCAGCAAAUGGUCUCUGAGAUCCAAAAAGAGUUGCAUCCGAGACAUCCGUUAACUCAAAAUUUAGAGCAGCAGCAAAAUUCCCAGGUUACCAGGCUUGAGAUUGCGAUGGAGGAGAGAUAUGAGCCAUUGAAGGAGCUCGGGUUUGGAAAUUUUGUUGCAGUCAAAUACAUAGGAAGGGGGAAGAAGGAUUUGUCAGGAUUGUUGCACUCACAGCAUAAAUCAACUGUUGGAACUCCAGCAUACAUUGCUCCGAAGCUCCUGUCACGAAAGGAAUAUAAUGGAAAGAUUUCAGAUGUUUGGUCCUGUGGUGUGACGCUCUGUGUGAUGUUGGUGGGUGCCUACCCUUUUGAGGAUCCAGAAGAUCCUAGAAAUUUUUGUAAGACCAUUGAUAGAAUAAAGAGUGUUCAGUACUCCAUACCCGACUAUGUAUGUGUGUCUGCAGACUAUAGACAUCUUCUUUCUCGGAUUUUUGUUUCUGACCCUUCAGAGAGGAUUAGUAUCCCAGAUAUCAAGCAGCACCCAUGGUUUCUGAAAAAUUUGCCGAAAGAGCUAAUUGAAAUUAAGAAAACAAACUUUAGGGAAGCAUUACAUGAUCAACCAUCUCAGGGUGUUGAAGAAAUAAUGCGUUGCAUACAAGAAGCAAAGACGCCAGGUGAAGAAGCCAAAGUCGGCGCACAAGCUAGCGCAGGGGCUGAUGAUUUGGAUGGUGAAUAG